GGAGAGGAAAACAACCUCGACAACCGCACUUUCCUGGCACGAUACCCUACCGCACUGUAUCAUACAGCACCGGUAAUCGACUCCCGGAGCCCUCCAAACACCUUCCACCCUCUCCCUUCCCCCCUCCUUUGUUUAUUUCGAGUUCUGUUUGCUCCAUCCAUCAACGACUGCCUAUCCUGAAGGAAUAGCCUUACACCACACGGAUUCUGAUGGCGUCCCGCCCAACCCCAAUCCCCAGCCCUCCGGGCACCCCGGGAAUCCAUCCGCCUACGCCUACCCAACUCCCAACAGGGCUUGGGAUCGAGGAUCUGCCCUCACCACCGAGCUCUUCCUUUGACCCAAACGCGCUUUCGCCCCUGGACAAUCGCCCCUCGUUCCCGGCAUACUCUCCCUCACCUGCUGCCUCAACCCCGCCGAAUGGAGCCGCUGUGGCAGCACGACGGGGCCCUGGGAACCCCGGCCCCUUCAAUUUUCAACCCAUGAUGGCAUCCAAGUCACCACCUGCUCCUAAGCCUGUACACAUACCCUUCCCCCCGGUUUUUUUAAUUUUAUUUACCCCCCCACUCUUCCUGUGCCAGCGACGUUUUCAGCUAUCCUAACGCUAGUCUCAUGCCAACGAUAGAACCAACGACGUGGACAUAGGUACAAACAUUCGUCCAUUUCGCACCAAAUAUUCCUAGAGCCCCCGGCCCGAGCGCCCCUUGCCCUCCCGGCCAGUCUGCCAAUACCUACUGGAGCGGAGUUGAUACGUUCAAUAUCCUCCGAGCAGCGCACACGUUUCCUGUGGUGCCUCUGCCAUCUCUGUACAGCUGGUUUCACUUUGUAUAGUGCUCAGGGAUCAUUGGCCCUGACGGCAUUGAGCCAUCUGAUCGUGUUUGAUGCCCUAGGAGCUAGCUUGUGUGUUGCUGUGGACGUGUUGUCAAACUUUGAGGUCUGGAAGAGGAGCAGUGUCAGGCAUCCGUUUGGGUAAGACAGACAAUCUUUCAUUCGCCCCAGUAAGAAUAUUCGGCUGCUGCUAAGACGUGAUUGUGGGGCCGUAGUUUGGAGAGAGCUGAAGUCCUCGCUGGUUUCGCCAUGUCCGUGUUCUUGCUCUUCAUGGGCUUCGACAUUAUAUCACAUACCGCUGAGCACCUGGUGGAGGGAUUCUACGAAGGAAGUGGAGGGCACGAUGGGGCUGUUGAGCAUGAGCUGCACGUCCAUGAAGCUCACAUGCACCACGCACGGGUAUCCCCUGGGAGUGUGGACCUGGCAUCACUAGCGGCACUGAUAUCGACUUGUAUCUCUGCGAUCCUUCUCAGAAAUCACGCUAGGAUAGGCAAAGGUAACAUAUGUCCUCCUCCCCCCUAGACUUGCCCACGAUUAAAAAAUAUGUGAUGGAUGAGCAAGCUGACUCUUCGUCCAGCCAUGCGUUUUGCUGCCCUUGAAUCUCUACCCUCCAUCCUUUCUAACCCCUCUCACUUUCUCACCAUUUUCUGCUCCUUCAUCCUCCUUCUCAUCCCACUUAUCUCCGUUCACAUGUCUGCUUGGCUCGACCGUGCUCUUGCGCUAUCCAUGGCCCUCUGUAUGAUUGCCAUUGGGAUCCGGCUUGUCAAGACGCUUGGCUCAAUGCUGUUGAUGUCUUACGGCGGCAAGGGUGUGUCGGACGUCGUGCGAGAGAUUGAGGAAGAUGCAGCCAUCACCGGGAUCCAAGAGGCGAGGUUCUGGCAGGUCCAUCAUGGGCUUUGCAUGGCAAAUCUUAAAGUAAAUGUGAGCGGGUCGGUUAUUGGAGGGAGUGGUGAACUGAGAGUUAGGGAGAGAAUCACAAGGUUGGUCAGAGAUCGGCUCGGUGGCGGGUACGGAAAGGGGGCGCAAAGAUGGGAAGUUUCUGUCGCUUUGCACCCUACAGGAUAGUUUUGCACUUGCCGGCUGUUUUCUCUUUCUCCCUUUCUUCUACGAGUCACGUCGCCUAGAGUAUCUGUAAGAAAACUUUUUUGGGGCAAUAGCCAGGUAUUUUACUCGUG